AUGGACAACAUAUCUUUCAGUAUGAUGAUCAUACUUUCUAGCUUUAAGGAUUCAAAAGCCAACAAAUAUACAUACUUUAUUUUUAUUUUAUUUGUUUAUAUUUUAAUUAUUUUAUUUAACGUGACUCUGAUUGUGACAAUUAUUCUAGAGAGAGCACUCCAUGAGCCCAUGUACAUCUUCCCGUGUAACCUGUGUUUUAAUGGACUGUAUGGAUCAGCUGGUUUCUACCCUAAAUUCCUGUCUGAUUUACUGUAUGACACUCAUCACAUCUCAUACAAUGGUUGUAUGCUACAAAUAUUUGUAGUCUAUAGUUCCAUAAUGUGUGAAUUUGCAACUUUAGUGAUAAUGGGUUAUGACAGGUUUGUUGCAAUAUGCAAACCAUUGAAUUACCACACCAUAAUGACACCACAAACUACUGGCAGAUUAAUUUUGUCUUCAUGGUUGUUUACCUUUAUUACUGUGACCCCUGCAGUUCUGUUAACAAGCAGGUUGCAAUUGUGUGGAGCACACAUUGAUAAAUCCUACUGUGAUAACUGGUCAGUUGUAAAACUGUCCUGUGUACCAACUACAACCAAUAAUGCUUAUGGGGUUUUUUUAAUCUUCACAAUAAUAGUACAGGUUGGUUUUAUUGUGGUCUCAUAUAUGAAACUGAUCAGUGCAUGUAUAAAAUCAAAGGAAAGCAAGACAAUAUUUAUGAAGACCUGCUCACCACAUUUACUGUCAUUAAUAAACUUUACAACAGCGAUUAUUUUUGACACAAUGUUCAGUCGAUAUGGAUCAAAGGAUUUCCCACAGAAUUUACGUGACUUCAUGGAACUGCAGUUUCUAAUAAUCCCCCCUCUUUUAAACCCGAUUAUAUACGGGCUGAAACUGACUGAGAUACGUAACAGAGUUUUUAGAAAAUGUAAGAAACCUAAAAUGAAAGAUUCCCUGCAUACAAGAAAGAGAUAA